GAUCUCGGAGGAGCUAAACCAGGGCAAACACACGCUGAGCUCAGACCUCACGGCAGGCUCGCUGGUGUCAGAGCUCCAACUGUUGGGAGGAAGAGGAGGAGGAGGAGGAGGAGGAAGAGGAGGAGAAGGAGGAAACGGAGGAGGAGAGUAACUGUGCUGGGAUUUAAGGGAAAAGACAGGUGACCACAGGUGAGCAUCCUGGACCAUGAAGACGUUCUCCUGCUGCCUCCUGCCCCUCCUCCUCGUGCUGGUCUCUGAGGCCAGCGCCCAACGCUUCAAAAAGCCCAAGAAGCCCCGGCCCACCCCGCAGCCCGGCCCCAGGCUCCGGCCGACCCCCGGCUUCGUGGAGCCAUCCGAACCCACGGAGCUGCCCCCGCCCCUCCCGCCGGGGCCCCCCUCCGUCUUCGCGGACUGCCCCCGCGAGUGCUACUGCCCGCCGGAUUUCCCGUCCACCCUGUACUGCGACAACCGCAACCUGAGGAAGGUGCCCAUCAUCCCGGCCCGCACCCACUACCUCUACCUGCAGAACAACUUCAUCGACGAGCUCCCGUUCGAGUCCUUCAAGAACGCCACCGAGCUGCGCUGGGUCAACCUGGACAACAACCGCAUCCGCCAGGUGGACCGGCGGGUGCUGGACAAGCUGGGCCACCUGGCCUUCCUGUACAUGGAGAAGAACAGGCUCCAGGAGGUCCCGGCGGCCCUGCCUCCCAAUCUGGAGCAGCUGAGGCUGAGCCAGAACCAGAUCUCCAGGAUCCCCAGCGGGGCCUUCAGCAAGCUCAAGAACCUCCUGCUCCUGGACCUGCACAAGAACAAGCUGAGCGACGGGGUCUUCACCAAGACCACCUUCCAGGGCCUCAAGAACCUCAUGCAGCUGAACCUGGCCCACAACAUCCUGAGGAAGAUGCCCCCCGGUGUGCCCCCGGCCAUCCAUCAGCUCUUCCUGGACCGGAACAACAUCCAGAACAUCCCCGCCAACUAUUUCCAGGGCUUCCCCAAUCUCGCCUUCAUCCGGCUCAACUACAACCAGCUGUCCGACGAGGGGCUCCCACAGAACUCCUUCAACAUCUCCAACCUGCUGGUCCUCCACCUGUCCCACAACAAGCUGAGCAAAAUGCCCGCCAUCAAUAACAAACUGGAGCACCUGUAUCUCAACGGCAAUGAGAUCAACAAAAUCAACGGGACCCAGAUCUGCCCCAACAACCUCGUCACCUUCCACGACUUCUCCUCUGACCUGGAGAACGUUCCCCACCUUCGCUACCUGCGCCUGGACGGCAACCUGCUCAAGCCCCCCAUCCCCAUUGACUUGAUGCUGUGUUUCCGGCUCCUGCAGUCCGUCGUCAUCUAGGGCCCCGCCUCCCCCGGUCCUCCCCUGCACAAUCGAGCGCCCCUGGCCGAUGACCUUGGAUCGCCCUCCCGCCUUCUGAGCCCAAUUCUUUUCUCCUGCCCUUCACCUCCCAUCACUCAGCUCCCCUUCCCGUUUUCCCCAGGCCUUGCCAGUCACCCCUUGUGUACAAUUCUUCAAGGCACUGGGGGGUGCAGGACCCCAUCGGCACCUUGCUUCCCGAGUCCCUCUCCUUGGAAGGCCCCCCCCAGGGCUCAGGAUGAGUGAAUUCCGAGGACUCUCUCUUCCUUCAAGUUUCAGAGACACCCUCGCCCUCCACCCUUGGCCAUGAUGGGCUCCCUGCCCUCUAGAAGCUCUGCCCCUGGUAGCCCUCUGAUGCAUCCAGAAAGGUCUUGGCUGGUCCCACCUUUCCCUCCUGGCACCCACCCUGCUGCUGGUCUGGACCAGGAAAUGCCACCCAGCUUCUUGGCACUUCCAAGGAGAGCAGGGUGAUGGCACUCAGGAGGGGAAGUCAUAACAAUCUGGCAGAGAAAGCUCUUCCCAUGGUGGCUUCCUCAGGGCCCAUUCAACCUCCCAAGGCAGAUGAAACUCAAACUUGGGGCCAGCUCAGAAGAAACAGAAUCUUGAGUCCUAGGAGCUGGGGGAGAAACUGGGAGGUGAAAAGGUCCACCCCCCUGCAUCAAGUCAUGAAUCCUUAGCCUUCUAGGCCAGAGUGUCCUCUCCAAACCUGGGCCUCUCCCACAGGGACCUGAACCAUCCCAUUUGGUCCCUUCCUUGGGUCUCCUGGGCCAGAGUGGGGGCACAACCCUCUGCCCUCUGCCUCUGUUGGCAUGCCAUGCUCUGACCAGAGAGGGACGGACUGAUCCCGGGGGUGUCCUCGGAGCUGAACUGAUUUUCCAGGAAAGGAUCUGACCAACACAUGUGUUCUUGGGAAAACCAAGGGACAGGAUGUGAGUGGACAGUUUUGUUUUCUGAGAGCUGAGGCCUUUGGGCCCUUUUGUCCAAGUAUUCCACCCCUCCAGUGGACUCUCUUGCACCUCCCUACUCCCCAGGCCAAGGUUGUUCUUUCCCUCAUAAAUGGAAGAAGCAAGAGCGGAUCCUCCAAGGAACAGAAGACAGAAGGAGGAGGGGGGAGCGUCCAGGAGAGUUGGGAAGCAGCUCGGACCGAGGAUGGAGAAUAUGAAAAGUUGUUGGGUGGGCCACAGAGAGGGCAAGAGUGGAGGCUGGAAGUCCUCUGGGAAAUGGAAUGGGAGGAAGGGAAAGAAGGAGACAGAGACAGACCCAUGGGGAAGAGCUGGAGAAUCUGGAGAGGAAGAGUUCAGGGAGGUCUUAAAGGGAAGGGAUGGAAAUGAUUUGCGUUGCCCUGCCAGCCUCACCCCUCUCCCAAAGCCAAGUCAAAUGGAGCAUUACCAGAGAUUCUGGGGAAAGUCUGGGAGAAGAGUCUGAGCCAUCUCCUGCCAUUUUUCAAACUUGGCAUCCUGCUCCGCCUGAUUAGAGGGCACCAAGGGAUGGACUGGGAAUGGAGGUCAUCGUUAUGGGACUGAUUUCUUUCUGCCCUUUGGGGUUGGCUUGGACUUGAGUAGAUGGGCGUGGAAUUUAUUUAAAGUCAGCAGCCUGGUAGAAAAAAGCUGGCAAACUGCUGGCCACUCUCCCGUCAGUCAUGCUGGCACUUUCUUCUUUCCCACCCACCCCAUCCAGGGAAAUAACUUGGUGCUUGGGACCCCGGAUGCCGCUCCCGCCCUGGCCUUCCCAACCCCCGUGCGGGUCCCACACCUGGCACUCCCUGAUGUUGGAGCCGGACCGGCCGCUGUCACGGCUACCACAUGCCUUCUUCUGGAGUCUUCGUGGUCGGAGGCGGAGGAGAAGGGGGAAAAAUUUGAGCGUUUCCCAGCAGUCGCUCCCAAAGUUUGGAAAACCAAAUCUGGGGGAAGAAACCCAACAGCGACACCUGGUGGGUGGUCGCGGUCACUGAGGCUGGUUGGACUCUUGGGGGCAGUUAGGGGUGGGGGGGGGGGAUCAGCAAAGAUUGUCCCCUGCAGAGGUUGCCCAACCGAGCCCAAGUCCAGUUUAGGGGUCCCCGGGGGGCAGGAUGGCAGAUUGCACCAUCCUCAGAGCUACUGUCUCCGUGGGCUUUGUUUGGCCUUUAAUCUAGUAAUGGGCAUGACGACCACCAAGAGAGCUCAGCUCUAGGCUUCAGGAUCGAGCAGAGUCCGGUGGGCGCUGUUAGCCUUCGGAUGGGCCUCGGUGGUUGCCAAAGCCAUGGCCAGAAAUGCUAAGCAACUGCUUCCCCCGGGGAGGUCAUCCAUCAUGGAGCCAGAGAAAUCUGACUGCAGAAAACCUCCCAAACUGGGAGAAGAGUUGGCGAGAGCUCAAUUGAGGAUCUCGUUUAGGAUUCCUACUGGGGAAUCCAGCCUAGAGAUUACUGGGAGAACCUUUAGGGACCAGUUUGGGAAUCCCACUGAGAAAUCCAUCUUAGAGACCAGUUUAGGAAUUCCUUUGGCGAAUCCAUUUUAGCAACCAGUUUGGGAAUUCUAUUGGGAAGUGUAUUGUAGGGACCAGUUUGGGAAUCCCUUUGGGGACUCCAGCCGAGAGAUUGGUGCAUAAAUCCCAUUUGGGAAAUCCAUUUUGGGGACCAGUUUGGGAAUUCCAAUGGAGAAUCCAGCUGAGAGAUUAACAUGGGAAUUCCAUUGGGGAAUCCAUUUUAAUGGCUAAUUUGGGAAUGCCUUUGGGGAACCCCUCUUAGGAACCAGUUUGGACCUAGAGAAAGUACCUUGGCCCCAGGCAGCACAUCUCUCUGGGUUUCAUCUGAGCUUUCCCAUUGGUCAGUCCUUCCAGGGGACAUUUCCCGGCUGGAGGCUCCAAGCUCCCAUCUCUUUCCUUCCCACUGUAUUCCCCAUUAGCGUGUGGCCACCAAAAGUACAGUCACCCUGGGGUGGUGUCCCCCAGUACAGUCAUCCUGGGGGACUAACCCUGCUCCCCACAACCUCACUCUAUUCCUCUCUUAAUUCUCUCUCCGCAUGCUUAACCCGUUCCCUCCCCUCCCUCCCCUGAGCUCAGAAGUUUCUGAGAAGUUUCUGGGACAGGGCUGGACCAAUUGACAUUUUCCUUUCUGUGCUGACCCUUUUCCCCAGAGACACAUGACUCUGACUUUCUCUUUCUCAUCAGAGGCAACAUCACCCCAGGGCCUCUAUCUAGCCCAGUGCUUAGCAUGGUGUUUGGCACAUACUAAGUGCUUCAGAAAAACCACGAUUAUUACUAUUCUUAUUAUCCCCUGAAGAAGGAGCUCCCUCUGUGUGUUGGGGGAACAAAGCUGAGUUCUGGGAGAGAGGAGGGGCACUAAAGAACAUAGAUUAGGCAUUGCCCCUUCCCUCCAGGGGCUAAACUCUUCCUUUCCUCUGCCAGAUGCUGCUUUAUUGCCGCUCUCCCCCCAACCCCACCCCUUCCUGCUGGUAUCUCCUAGGCGCUCGCUAUAAAUCAGUAUAUUACUGUGGAUGGAAGCAGCCUGGUGUUAUGGCCUGGAUUAACCCCCUGCCGCUCUUAUGGUAGGUAGAGUCACCCCGCUCUCUCUCCGCACCCCCCCAUCCCUCAGUCCACCUGCUUGAGCCCCUCGAGGUGGGGGGGUCAGGCCUUCCUCCCCCUUCCUUAGUCCCUACGUGUCCCCUGCAAACCCGGGUUGGUUCGUUGUGGCGGGAACACAGUCCUUCUCCCCCCAUCCUGGGUGUUUGAUGUCUCUCUCUCCUGGACUUGAGUUUCUCAGUGUCCAUCACUGUUCCUCUAGAAUGUAAGCUCCUUGUGGGCAGGGACUGCAUCUACCAACUCCCUUAUAUUGUACUCUCCCCAAGCGCUUAGUACAGUGCUCUGGACACAUUAAGCGCUCAAUAAAUGCCAUUGAUUGAUUGAUUUUUCCUUUGUCUCAUGGACAGAGGUAAGUGCCUCUCCUCUCUGGAGCCUUGUAAGUUAAACACCCACCUUCUCUGCUCCCUCUCUGCUGUAUGUGUGUGUGUGUGUGUGUAUAUAUAUAUAUAUAUAUAUAUAUAUAUAUCUAUAGAUAUAGAUAUAAUAGAUUUAUGUGUGUUAUAGAUAUCUAUGCACACACUAUGCGAAUAGAUCUCUAUAAAACAUAGCUCACAAUUGUCAACUAUGUGGAAUCAUUUUCACCUUGUAGUGGAAAUAAAACAGUAUGAAAGAAA